GCGGGGUUCACUGCGCCUGCGCGCGGAGUCGCAAGAUGGCGGACAGUGCGGAACUAAAGCAAAUGGUUAUGAGCCUUCGAGUUUCGGAGCUGCAGGUGCUGCUGGGCUACGCGGGGAGGAACAAGCACGGCCGCAAACACGAACUGCUGACCAAAGCCCUGCACCUGCUCAAGGCUGGCUGCAGCCCUGCUGUCCAGAUGAAAAUCAAAGAACUCUAUAGGAGGAGGUUCCCCCAGAAAAUCAUGAGCCCAGCAGAGCUGUCCAUCCCCAGCGUGCACUCGAGCUCCAUGCCGGCCGCGCUGUCGCCGUCCGCCAUUCCCCAGCUGGGCUACGACGGGCACCCCGCCACGUCCCCCCUGCUGCCAGUGUCACUGCUGGGACCCAAACACGAACUGGAACUGCCCCACCUCACCUCGGCCCUGCACCCCGUGCACCCCGACAUCAAGCUGCAGAAACUCCCUUUCUAUGACUUGCUGGAUGAGCUGAUCAAACCCACCAGCCUCGCCUCAGAUAACAGCCAGAGAUUUCGGGAAACCUGCUUUGCCUUUGCCCUGACACCCCAGCAAGUGCAGCAGAUCAGCAGCUCCAUGGAUAUUUCUGGGACCAAAUGUGACUUCACAGUACAGGUCCAGCUAAGGUUCUGUUUAUCAGAAACCAGUUGUCCACAAGAAGAUCACUUCCCACCCAAUCUGUGUGUGAAAGUCAAUGGGAAACCAUGCAGCCUUCCUGGUUACCUGCCACCAACCAAAAAUGGAGUUGAACCAAAGCGCCCCAGCCGACCAAUCAACAUUACCUCACUCGUGCGCUUGUCCACCACGGUGCCCAACACCAUCGUGGUGUCCUGGACUGCAGAGAUUGGCAGAAACUAUUCCAUGGCAGUGUACCUGGUGAAGCAGCUCUCCUCCUCGGUGCUGCUGCAGCGGUUGCGGGCCAAGGGAAUCCGGAACCCGGAUCACUCCAGAGCUCUCAUUAAAGAGAAGCUAACUGCUGAUCCAGACAGUGAAAUAGCAACAACCAGCUUGAGAGUGUCUCUGCUUUGUCCACUUGGCAAAAUGCGCCUGACCAUCCCCUGCAGGGCCCUGACCUGCUCCCACCUGCAGUGCUUUGAUGCCACUCUCUACAUCCAGAUGAAUGAGAAAAAACCAACCUGGGUGUGCCCUGUGUGUGACAAGAAAGCUCCUUAUGAGCAUCUCAUCAUUGAUGGGUUGUUCAUGGAAAUCCUGAAGUUUUGUACAGACUGUGAUGAAAUCCAGUUCAAGGAGGAUGGGUCCUGGGCCCCCAUGAGAUCCAAGAAGGAGGUGCAGGAGGUGACAGCAUCCUACAAUGGAGUUGAUGGAUGCAUCAGCUCCUCCCUGGACCACCAGGUGUCCUCUCACCAACAAUCCAACAAAAACAAGAAAGUGGAAGUGAUCGACCUGACCAUUGACAGCUCCUCUGAUGAGGAGGAGGAGGAGCCUUCAGCCAAGAGGAGCUGUCCCUCCAUAUCCCCAGCAUCACCAAUGAACAACAAGGGCAUUUUAAAUUUACCCCACCAAGCUUCUCCUGUGUCAAGAACCCCAAGCCUUCCUGCUGUGGACACCAGCUACAUCAACACAUCCCUCAUCCAGGACUACAGGCACCCAUUCCACAUGACACCCAUGCCUUAUGACCUGCAAGGUUUAGAUUUCUUCCCUUUCCUGUCAGGUGACAAUCAGCAUUACAACACCUCCCUCCUCGCCGCCGCCGCCGCCGCCGUCUCCGCCUCGGACGAUCAGGAACUUUUACACUCCAGAUUUUUCCCUUACACCUCAUCCCAAAUGUUCCUGGAUCAGCUGAAUGCAGGAGGCAGCAGCUCCCUGCCAGCCACAAAUGGCAGCAGCAGUGGCAGCAACAGCAGCUUGGUUUCCUCCAACAGCCUCCGAGAGAACCACGGGCACCCCGUGGCCAGCAGGAGCAGCACAGACACAGCCUCAAUCUUUGGUAUCAUACCAGAUAUUAUCUCAUUGGACUGAUCCAUUUCUAAUUUUUUUUGGGUUUUUUUUUUUUUUUUGGGGUGGGACAAAGGAAAUCUUCAUGCUCGGUUUUUCUUUCUGUCCAAAAAAAGUUAAGCAAGGUGGUUUUUUUUUUUUCCUUUUUUAUUUUAAAAGGGAAAAAAAAAAAAAAAAAAAAAAAAAAAGAUUUAUGUGUACAGAGAACAAAAAGAAAAAAAAAAAAAAGUCUAUUUUCAGUUUUACUUUUGUAUAUAAACCUAAGAUGGCCUCGCUGGUAAAAAUAAGAAAAAAAAAAAAAAGACAAAAGAGAAAAAAAAAAAUUUAAGAAAAACAAGGAGCUUCAGUUCAUUUUUAUGGAUGCUGAAGAUUUUACACCUGUGCAUUUUCCAUGUGAGUUUCUUUUCUUUCCUUUGGGUUUUUUUUCCCUGUAGUUUGGACACCAAUGGCAUUAUUUUCUCCACAGUUAAAGAAACAGGAGAGGAGCUGAACUUGUAAAGUUCAAGCUUGGGGAGAGAGUUUUGUCUCUUUUGGAGACAAAUAUUUCCCUUUGCUGGUGGAAUCUGAUUCCCCCAUCCCAUAUUUUUGCAGAUUUUCCUAAUUCUGGCAGCAGAAUUCUGUCUGCAGCCCAGAGCCUUUCAGGAGUGGGAUUGGUUUUUUGGGAUUUUUUUGGCAUUUCCCCUCUACCCAGACAAAUUCUCCUUUUGGAUUUAGUCAGGAAUGUCACAAAUUCAUCUUCACAUGAAGCUGAGUGGGAGCUUUAGGUUGGAUUUUAGGGGAAAUUCUUCCUCUGAGGCUGUGGGGCUGCCCAGGGAAUUCCCUUUUUGGAAUUUUUUGGACAUUGCCAAGGCUGCCAGAGCUGCAGGAAUGUUUGGACAACGCUCCCAGGGAUGCUCAGGGUGGGACUUUGAUCCUUGUGGGUCCCUCCCAACUCAGAAUAUUCCACAUUUUUUGGGGUUCAGUCAUUCCUGAGGGCCUGACUCCAUCAAAUCCCAGCUGAGGAAUGGUUUAGGAACAAGAUCUUCCAUUUUUAUGGAGUGGAGCUCCAAAUAAACAUCAAAUCCCAUCUGUGCAAUGGUUUGUGGGAUAAAAUUUUCCAUUUUUAUGGAGUGAAGCCCCAGUCCCAGCUGAGGAAUGGUUUAGGAACAAGAUCUUCCAUUUUGGGGGAGUGGAGCCCCAAAUCAACAACAAAUCCCAGCUGAGGGAUGGUUUGAGUUCAGUUUUUGUGGAGUGAAGCCCCAAAUCCCAUCUGAGAAAUGGUUUGUGGGACAAAAUAUUCCAAAGUGGAGCCCCAAAUCAAGAUCAAAUCCCAGCUGAGGAAUGGUCUAGGGACAAGAUAAUUCCAUUUUGGGGGAGUGGAGCCCCAAAUCAAGGUCAAAUCCCAGCUGAGGAAUUAUUUGUGGGACAAGAUUUUCCAUUUUUAUUGAGUGGAACCCCAAAUCAAGAUCAAAUCCCAGCUGAGGAAUGACUUGUCCCAUUUUUGUGAGGUCCCAAAUCCCAUCUGAGGAAUUAUUUGUGGGACAAAAUUUCCCUUUUUAUGGAGUGGAACCCCAAAUCCCAUCUGGGGAAUGGUUUGUGGGACAAAAUUUUCCAAUUUAUGGAGUGGGGCCCCAAAUCAGCAUCAAAUCCCAGCUGAGGAAAGUUUUAGGAACAAGAUUUUCCAUUUUUUGGGCUGGGGCUGCAGGUUUUGUUUGCCAGCCCUGCAGCCCCCUCCCCCUCCUGAGCAUGUCAGUGUAACCUCGUGGAGCUGCUUGUGUUUAACUCCUAAAAUCCUAAAAAAAAUAAAAAUAUUCCACCUUGGCAGCUCAGGCCUGCCCUGCCUGCCUGGAAAAUUCUCAUUUUAGUGCAGUAGAUGCAGUUCCUGCUUCCAGGGGAGAUUUUCCCUGAGCUCAAGAGGCAAAUCCAGCCCCCCCUGCAUGGUCUGUGCAGCCCAGCCUGACCCCCAAACCCACCACAAAUCCCAGAUUAUUGCUCCUUACCCAGCUCUUUGUGGCUUUCAAAAAUUCACUUUUCCCUUGGAAUUAUUUGGAUUUUUUUUUUUUUCAGCCUUAUUUAAUUCCUGGUUUCUUUUCUCUUUUUUUUUUUUUUUUUUUUUUUUGUGCAUGACAUAGGAAAUUUAAUUUUUUUUUUUUUUUUUGGGUCAUUUGGGUUGAUCCAUUCUUCUUAAGGAGUGGAAUGUGUAAAUAGCUGGAAUGCAGAUUUUUUUUUCAAGAGAUUCUUUAAAGUCAGAGAAAAAAGGGGGAGGGAAGGAAGUGAUUCUCUUGUGUCCCAAAGUCCAUGUCAGAGAGAGUAAAUAUUUCCUCUGGUGUGAAAAAUAUUUUUAUAACUGGUUGAAAGUGCAGGUAAUGAGUUUAUCAGGAAAAAAAAAAAAAGAGACUUAAGGAAUACUAAAAUUAGCAGAUUAUUGUCUGAAUUUUUUUCAUGUCCAAAAAAAAAACAAAAAAAAAAAAAUACAAACCUGUUGAUUGCAAAUAGCUGCUUCAAGCAUUGACAAGGGCCACCUUUUGCCUAUGAAAUCCUCUCAAAAAAAAAAACAAAAUAAAUCUUGCAUUGAUUAAAAAAAAAAGAAAAAAAAAACAGGAAAAAAUUAAAAAAAAACAACAAGAAAAAAAAGCAAAAAAAAAAAAAAAAUUCUUUAAUCCAAGUAGCAUUUAGAUAUUGCUGUCUGAUCAGUUGUAUGGUUAUUUGAAAGGUUCACAUGAUGUGGCAUCAAAAAAAUUGUUUUUAGUGUUUUUACAGCAUCCCUCUGCCACUAAAUAGUUGACUUGAAAUUUUGGAAAAAAAGGAAA